UACUAAACUCUCUCUUCAGUCUGCUAUUUAAUUCACUCAUUCGCCGUAAGCUUUCAUUUAGCACUUCUCUUCUCUUCUCUUCUCUUCACAGAGAGAACGUGAUGAACGGAUAGAAUUCCAGAUCUGCUUUUCUUUUCACUCAGAUCGCGUUAACCUUUUCGCCUACCGUGUUUUCCGGUUCACGCGGAACGCGUUUUUGUCCUCCGAAUCAAACAGACCUUUCUUCUUUCAGUGCUCGCUCGGUGCUGAUUCACUCGGGCAGAAUCUUGUUCGGCGUGUGAGGCAUCUGUGAAUUCCGUCGGACAAGAUGGCUUUAGGGAAAUAUACUAGAGUAGAUGGUAGAAGAUCAUCGAGUUGGUGUUCCACGGUGACUGUUGUCGUGUUUGUGGCGCUGUGCUUGGUUGGGGUUUGGAUGAUGACAUCAUCUUCAGUUGUCCCUGUGCAUAACGGAGACGAGGCUCACGAGACCAAGAAUGAAGUGAGGGAACAAACGGAUAUUAAAGAAGAGGCUGCCAACGAGGUCGGCAAUAGCAAUACUAGGCAGUUUGAAGAUAAUCAGGGUGAUUUGCCUGAGGAUGCAACCAAAGGAGAUAUCAAUGUAUCCUCUGAAGACAAUUCUAACUUGUCAGAAAAACAAGAUGAGAAGUUGGAGGAAAAUCCUGUGGAAAGGUCUUCUGAAGACACAAAGACGGAAGAUAAGUCUUCCGAAGUCACAACAACGGAAAAGAAGGAUAGUAAAACCGAUGAUGAAGGUUCCAAUACAGAAAAGGAAUCGAACUCAGACUCUGCUGAAAAUAACGAAGACAGUGACGAGACUUCCACUAAGGAUUCUGAUUCUAAUGAGAGUGAAAAUAAAUUUGAAUCAGAUGAUAACAAGAAGUCUGAUACAGAUGAGACUGAGAAGCAAUCUGAUAACUCUGACGAGACAACAGAUAGUAGGAUAGAGGAGAAGGUGGAAGAAAGUGAUAACAAAGAAUCCGAUGAAAACUCUAGUUUGAAGAAUACAAAUGAUAAUACUAAACAGCAGAGUUCAAAUGAGGUAUUCCCUUCUGGGGCUCAGUCAGAGCUUCAGGAUGAAAGUACGACAGAAACUGGGUCUUGGUCAACUCAGGCAGCAGAGUCUAAGAAUGAAAAGGAGUCUCAAGAACCCUCCAAGCCAACUGGAUACAAUUGGAAGCUUUGCAAUGUCUCUGCCGGUCCUGAUUUUAUCCCAUGCCUUGACAACUGGAAAGCUAUUAGGAGUCUCCGAAGUACUAAGCACUAUGAACAUCGAGAAAGGCACUGUCCAGAAGAGCCUCCUACCUGCGUUGUUCCUGUUCCCGAUGGAUAUAAACGCCCAAUUGAGUGGCCUAGAAGCAGAGAGAAGAUAUGGUAUCACAAUGUUCCACACACCAAGCUUGCUCAAGUUAAGGGCCACCAGAAUUGGGUGAAAGUUACUGGAGAGUACCUUACUUUUCCUGGUGGUGGAACCCAAUUUAAACACGGGGCACUUCAUUAUAUUGACUUCAUACAAGAGACUGUACCUGACAUUGCUUGGGGCAAACGCACGCGAGUUAUACUGGAUGUUGGAUGUGGUGUAGCCAGCUUCGGAGGUUUUCUCUUUGACAGAGAUGUACUAGCAAUGUCAUUAGCUCCCAAGGAUGAACAUGAAGCUCAGGUACAAUUCGCACUUGAACGGGGGAUUCCAGCUAUAUCUGCUGUGAUGGGUACAAAGAGGCUUCCCUUCCCUGGGAAAGUAUUUGAUGUAGUCCAUUGUGCACGAUGUAGAGUUCCGUGGCAUAUAGAAGGUGGUAAACUUCUUUUGGAGCUGAAUAGAGUAUUGCGACCUGGUGGCUUUUUUGUAUGGUCCGCUACUCCUAUCUAUCAGAAGCUCCCUGAAGAUGUUGAAAUAUGGAAUGCCAUGAAGGCACUUACAAAAGCAAUAUGCUGGGAACUUGUUUCAAUCAGCAAGGAUCAAGUAAAUGGAGUAGGUGUAGCUGUAUACAAGAAGCCAAGUUCUAAUGAGUGUUACGAGCAACGUUCAAAAAAUCAGCCUCCGCUGUGUCCAGACUCUGAUGAUCCUAAUGCAGCAUGGAACGUUAAAUUGCAAGCUUGCAUACACAAAGCGCCCGAAAGUCCGACGGAACGAGGAUCAAAAUUGCCAGCGAAAUGGCCAGCCAGACUUACCAAAGUUCCUUAUUGGUUGUUGAGUUCCCAAGUUGGAGUUUAUGGAAAGCCAGCGCCUGAAGAUUUCACUUCUGAUUAUGAACACUGGAAACGCGUAGUGUCUAAGUCUUAUCUAAAUGGCUUGGGAAUUCAAUGGUCCAAUAUUCGCAAUGUCAUGGAUAUGAGAUCUAUAUAUGGAGGAUUUGCUGCAGCUUUGAGAGAUUUGAAUGUUUGGGUCAUGAAUGUGGUUUCAAUAGACUCUCCAGACACCCUUCCAAUUAUUUAUGAACGAGGUCUUUUCGGUAUAUAUCAUGAUUGGUGUGAAUCAUUUAGCACCUAUCCUAGAACCUACGAUCUCCUCCAUGCCGAUCAUCUGUUUUCAAGUCUUAAGAAAAGGUGCAAUUUGGCUGCUGUAGUGGCUGAGGCUGAUCGGAUUCUUAGGCCGGAAGGAAAACUUAUUGUUCGUGACAGUGUUGAGAUCAUAGAAGAGCUGGAGAGCAUGGUAAGGUCUCUGCAGUGGAAGGUUCGCAUGACUUACUCCAAGGAUAAGGAGGGCUUGUUAUGCGUGCAGAAGUCCAUGUGGCGACCAAAGGAACAGGAGAAACUCGAGUAUGCUAUCAUUUAAGCAUGGACGAGAUUUUACAAAAUUCUUGGGUUUUUUGGCCUCUCAAAAUUCUUACGUAAACUCUAUUUCCACUACAAGUCAUGUAUCAUGUUAGUUAGGAGUCUAUGUAUUUUUCAUUGUAUUAAUUUUGAUAUCACCUAUUUAGUUAGCUGUCUUUUGUUGUAACACGGUGCCAUAGCGUGAGGGAAAUUUUAUCACAUUCUUGCAAAUGUAGAGGCUAUUGGCUUAUUUAUAAGCGUGUAAUAGUUGAGAAUUUGAAUUCUUCACUUCACCCGAAAUGAAAUGUAAUGCUGUAUUUGGGAAUGAAAAAAAGAAAAGCUAUAUUACUCUCCAA